AUGCCGCAUGACCCUGAGUGGCACGCCAUUGACGCCACCACCAUCCACUGGUUUUACCAGACCAUCUCCAACGACAUCUUCCACACCGUCGUCCGGGACGGCGACUCCGCGCGCACGGUUUGGGCUAAGAUCACCAGCCUCUUCACCGACAACAAAAUCCAGCGGGCCACCUUCCUUCAGCAGGAGUUCUUCGGCACCCACCAGAACGACCAGUCUCUCGACGAGUACGUCCUCAAGCUGAAGAGCUUCUCCGACGAGCUCCGUGACUUGGAGUUUCCGAUCGAUGACAAGAUCAUGCUCUCCACCCUGUCGGCGGGUCUCGGUGAGGAUCUCAGCAACGCCGCCUCCAACCUCACGCUCCUCACCACGCCCACCUUCGAGCAGGCCAUGGCCUACCUGCGCCUCGAGGAGCGCCACCUCAAGCAUCUCCAGGCUCGGGCGGCCCAUACCGCCUUCAUCGCCGGCUUCUCCCGCGGUGCCCAGACUCCCGCGCCUUGCGCCCCCGCUCCCCGCCCCACAGGUCCGCCGCCGGGUUUCCCCGCAGCCGGUCACCAGGCCGGUCAGACCGGGCCGUAG